GCAUCCUCAUAGCCUUUUAGAGCCUCUCUCUUCGACACCACAACAACAACAACCUUAGCUCUUUUACUAUCGAUCACCGGCGGGUAAUAUGCCAGUCGACGGAACAUCACCGGCCGGGAAAACCGUUUGUGUCACCGGAGCCGGUGGAUACAUCGCUUCUUGGAUAGUUAAGUCACUUCUUGAGAGAGGCUACACGGUCAAAGGAACCGUACGCAAUCCAGAUGAUCCAAAGAAUACACAUUUAAGGGAACUAGAAGGAGCAAAGGAGAGACUGAUUCUGUGCAAAGCAGAUCUUCAAGACUAUGAGGCUCUCAAGGCGGCGGUUGAUGGUUGCGACGGUGUCUUCCAUACGGCUUCUCCGGUCACCGACGAUCCUGAGCAAAUGGUGGAGCCGGCGGUGAACGGAGCCAAGUUCGUAAUCAAUGCUGCGGCUGAAGCUAAGGUUAAGCGUGUGGUCAUCACAUCCUCUAUUGGUGCUGUCUACAUGGACCCGAAUCGUGACCCUGACGCAGUCGUUGACGAAAGUUGUUGGAGUGAUCUUGACUUCUGCAAAAACACCAAGAAUUGGUAUUGUUACGGUAAGAUGGUGGCGGAACAAGCGGCUUGGGAGACAGCAAAAGAGAAAGGUGUUGACUUGGUUGUGUUGAAUCCGGUUCUGGUCCUUGGACCACCGUUACAGCCAACUAUUAACGCCAGUCUCUUCCACGUCCUCAAAUAUCUAACCGGCUCGGCUAAGACCUACGCUAACUUGACUCAAGCUUAUGUGGAUGUUCGCGAUGUCGCGCUAGCUCAUGUUCUGGUCUAUGAGGCCCCUUCAGCCUCCGGACGUUAUCUCCUUGCCGAGAGUGCGCUUCACCGCGGUGAAGUUGUUGAGAUCCUGGCUAAGUUAUUCCCGGAAUAUCCACUUCCAACCAAGUGCAAGGACGAGAAGAGCCCCAGAGCCAAACCAUACAAAUUCACUAACCAAAAGAUUAAGGACUUGGGCUUGGAGUUCACAUCCACCAAGCAAAGCCUCUACGACACUGUCAAGAGCUUGCAAGAGAAAGGUCAUCUUCCUCCUCCUCCUCCUUCCCCUUCAGCAUCACAAGAAUCCAUCGAAAACGGCAUCAAGAUCGGGUCUUGAAAAGCUUAUUCACCACCUAUAGUAUCUUUAGCCAUUGCUUUUGCUUUAUAAAAGAAAAAUACAAAAACAAAAAAGACCAGAUCUUUGUUUCUUGUCUUUGGUUGUGUGAAACUUCUGUUUUAAUAUGUCUUGUCCUGGUUAUGAUGAAUCUAUAGACACAUGCAGAUCUUUAGCCAAACCGUUUGAUGGAUUUUGUAGACAAGGCUUCAUGUUUAAUCUUUGUAAUAGAUCAAGUCAACAACUUCAUAUAAAUUAUAUCUAUGUUAUUAAUUUUGAAGUA